CGGGGGGGCUUAUGUGAGCAGCAGGGUGGGUUGUGCUUGAGGCUAAUAAUAAGGCUUGUGUCACACGCACUUGGAUGAAUUAUAUGGCUGAGGCGCAGCAGUGCGAGGAGCUGUGGGAGAUACAAUGUGAGCUCAGAGCGCAGCCCCAAUCAUCCCCGUGCCAUCUGGACGCAAGGAGUAGCUGCAGCAGAGCCGGGGUCGGGCUCAUCAUCAUGAGACGCAGGAAGAUCGCAGUGGCUGCUGCUUUCUGUCUCUCCUUCUUUAUUGGCACUUUGCUCAACUUGCUCUGCGCCCCCGUCGGGUUUCAUCACCAUCAGGAGCAGCGGCGACUCCAGGAUGAAACUGACGCCGCGUCUUUGCGCCCAUUGCUGCAGCAGCUGCGGGAGCGCUACGAGGAGGUGCUGCGCUACAGAGACCACCGGGCGACCCCUCCUCCGACCUCGGCGAGACUUCUACGACCCCUGGAGAGACGUCUUAUGGACCUGGCGCAGCCUCAGCCCAAAUGGGAAUCCAACAAGGUGAAGAGGGGCAGCGUAUCCCCAGCGCUGGGCAACAACAAAAUAGAUGUGUCACUGCGCUCUCCCCGGCUGGGCUGUCAGGACAUCAGAAACGGCAGCGACGUGCGCUACUUGGGCUCCGGUUACACCAAAGCCGUCUAUAAAUCGCUCCUCAAUGGCAGCGUGUCGGUGGCGCUCAAAUCGGUCGAUUUCGGGGGACACGACAUCCAGAAUUGUGUCAGGCACUAUGGGACCCUAGAGGACUGCUACAGGCUGGCUUCCUUCAAGAUCCUCAAAGAAAUGAUCCUACUGCAAAGGCUUCAGCACCCAAAUAUAUUACAGCUUUAUGGUUAUUGUUAUCAAGACAGCAAUGAUAUUUCAGACACAUUGACCACCAUCACUGAACUGGGUUCACCACUGGAGAUGAUUCAGCUGUUACAAACCCCUUGGGAGGACAGAUUUCGAAUUUGCCUGAGUUUAGUUCGCCUCUUGCAUUACCUGGCGCAUUCUCCCCUUGGUUCUAUAACGCUGCUGGAUUUCCGGCCGCGCCAGUUUGUGGUUGUCGACGGUGAACUGAAAGUUACUGAUCUGGACGACGCGAGCAUGGACGAGACCCCUUGUAUCAGCCACACCGAUUGCUUUUUGGAAUUCCCAGCUAGAAAUUUUACACUUCAGUGCUCAGCUGAGGGUAAAUGUCAAAAUAUGAACGAGAAGAGGAACCUCUACAACGCCUACAGGUUUUUUUUCACAUAUCUUCUGCCGCACAGCGCGCCAUCGUCCCUGCGACCACUUCUGGAUGUUAUAGUCAAUGCAACAGGUGAAUUGAGGUGGGGUGUCAAUGAGGCUCUCGUCCAACUUGAAAAAGUGUUUUACCUUUAUCAGAGUGGAUUGUACCUGCCAAACGUUACAGAUAUUCCUAAGGGGGAAUACAAAGAAGUGCCCCAUGCUGUUGUUGCAGAAGAGGAUUAUAGAUGUUGGCCGUCUUAUCACCACACUGGAUGUCUCCUCUCAGUUUUUGAUUUAAAUGAAGCCAAAGAUGUGUGCCGGAGCCAUUCACAAUGUCAGGCCUUUGUCUGGACGAAUCAGACAACUUGGACAGGUCGACCGCUUGUCUUCUUCAAAACUGGUUCCCGGACACUUGUUUCAGCUCUUGACAAGACAACGUACCUGAAACUGACAGGCUGAAUCAUAACAAGGCACGGCGUUGCUUUAAUUGGUGGAAAAAAUGCACUAGUCUUCAUUCUAAUUUUUAGAGUGCUUUCAUUUGUAAAAAAAAUACCUGAAUUGCCAGGAUGAAUGUGCAAUAAUUGAGGACAUUUAAAAAAAAAAAAAAAAAAUGCUUAAAACGCUAAUGUGAUACACUGUUGGAAAUAAGUACAAGAGACUGGGUUUGAAUUUCUGCCUGAGGUCGAAGCAAGAAGAAGAGCUUGAAGCUCAUAAAAACGUCAGCCUUUACAAUCAAACUGAUUAACUUAUGUUGAUGUAAUCAAAUGUUUUUCUUCUCACAUGAACCUGAAAUACUUGUUAAACGUCUUACCUAAAGAUGUUACUGUACCAAUGGUAUUUAAAACAAGUUGCUCUUAUAUGAAUUAUGACUUCAGAGAACCCCUCUGCAGAUUUUCUUUAAAAAGACUUGGUGGGUUCAAGCCCCUGUAAAGUUUUGUCAUGUGAUUAGGUCCUCCUAAUGUGUUCCAAGGUCCCAAGGUCAUAACACUUGCUAUGGCAUAGUGUCUUCCUCAAAAUUUACAGGUUUUUUUGCCUUCAGGCUGGGCAUUCUCAUUAAAUUCAAUAAGCAGUGUGGCCUGAAACACACCAAGUGGUGUAGUGAUUCAGUAUCUGGAUCAUACCAACUAACUCCAGUAAAAGAUGAAGUUUGAAUACCGACCAUACUUAACUUCUGCUUAAGGCUUAUGGCCCAGCUUGUUAAAACCUUUGCAUAAUAAUCAGUUUCAGCAUUUAUGUGCUAUAAACCAAAGAAUAUUCCAUUUAUAUAGUUAUGCUUGAAUUUCAAGGUCUAUUUUGUGAAAUAUAUAGAAUGAUGAGAAGACAAUUCUACUGGGAUAUCCCACUGUUAUUAAUUGGCCAUGAUAUGAUGACUUCUCUGCAUAACUAGUUGAAUUGAAGCAUUGCCACAAGCCCAUAUUGUUAAAUAUGACCUGUUUUCAGAGAAUGUGAACCCGCAACUCCAUGAAAAUCCAUUCUACCUUGUAAUAUGUCAGUCAUUUUCAUGACCUAUCUACUAUGCUGUUUUCACAUAAAUUGAAUAAGCUAUGAGAAGAAGAUUUCUUGUAUUGUGGAGGCCUAUUUGUUAAAAUUCGGAUUUGCGUAAUUUUAGAGGCUUUGAACAAAUUUAAAAGAAAACACAUAUUUGACCUUAUUCAUUGAAAAAUCCAAAUAGAAAAAACUCAAAUUCAUGGCAAAAAUAUUGAAUACCGCAAAUUUGUGGUGUACUCGGAAUUUUUAGUGCGUUUUCAAGCACUAAGAAAAAUAGAAAAACUCAAAUUGAAUAAAUAGUUUACAUUUUGGACACCUCCCACUGAAUUCUAGACUACCUUGCAAGCUUGUAGAUGCCAAAGUUUUGCAUUUUGAGUUUUUCAUGUUUUUUCAUGUCAAAAAAUGAGUGGGGCUCAUUUAUAAACUUUGCGCAAGGCAGAUUGGUUUGCAAAGUAAAUAUAUAAUUGCCCUGCACAUGGUUACAUUUAUAAAGCUGAAUAAGUGUGGUGCAAACAGAAUUGCAAUGUUAAAUUCACAAUGCGAAUGUCUAUUAGAGCUUUUUAAAUAUGUCAAAAAUUGUGAAUAUUUAUGUGCACACUCUGCGACUGAAUUACGCCACAAUUUUCAGGACGGAGAAAAUAUUUGCAAAACAGUUUUGCAAAUUUGAAAACUCGCACCCAUCUCAUUUGAGAGCCACUUGCGAAAGUGUAUUCUGAAUGAGAAUUUGCAAAAACCGGAAAGACAUGCACAGCAGUGCAAUUUUUUAGCGUUCAGAAAAAAACAUGGGCAAUACAACCAUUUGCAAAUAAAUUAUAAUUGCAAAUUUUAUAAAUGACCCCCAAUGAUUUUUUAAACCAUUAUUCACAUUUAGGAUUUGCAUUAAUUUGAAUUGAAUUGCAGGGAUACAAUACACACACAAUACGUUGAUAAAUAAACCUCGUAAAGUGUCACUGGAAGUUGGGUCCCAUCCUAAAGUAGUAGAAUAAAGGGAUUAUGAAUUUCCAUGCCAAAAGCAGACAAAUAUAUGGUAUAAUCGAGUAGCUAGUAACUACUUGAGUUUAAGCAUUUGCUGUGUGAUGUUAUUUAAUAGGUACAUGUAGUAUCGGUAUUAUUUGCUUUCAGUGAAAGCUGCAACUGAAAAUUGCCAUAUCAAUUUGCAAUUUGUAUAGAUAGUUUUUUUUGUACUUCGUAUUUUUUGUGUUAAAAUAUGUUUAUUUUUAUAAAAAAGAAAUUUGUUCAAAA